AUGCUAAGAUACACAACUCGGCACUAUUUAUCAUUUGGUGCUUCUAACAUCGGUAACGUCAGUCAUGGAUUGAUCUUUACACCAGUCGCUAACGAUUAUUUAUCUCUGAUCACUCAUUCGAUUAUUAUAAUCUAUUCCAUUAAAAUCAGGCCGCCACCGACUUUACCUUUAGAUGUGACAUCACUACCAGGACCAUUUUUUCGUUUCAGACCUUUAUUAGCAGCAGCUUGUACUUCCUAUAAUGACAAUGAUUGGAAAUUUGGUGUGGUGGCUGAUACAGUAUGGGAGACCGUAAAAAAUGUAUCUAAUCGACCUUGUUGUGUUGUCAUUCGAGCUUUCGCCAGUUUCUUCGCACCAUUACGAAUUCGAUCUUCUCUACAAUAG